CUGUUGCAAUGUUUACGCGUCGUGUUAUCACUAUAGCAACCAACCAAUUGCAUCUGUUAUCCGUAUUUUACUGCAAACCGGUGCGUUUUGACUCGAGCUGGCUCGACAUGCGUGAGGAAUGAGCGAUACGGACACGGACGACACCGAUCUGUUGCUGCUCAUACCGCCCAAUUACUAUUCGGAGGUGAAGAUGAGCUCAGGCGCAGGCGCAGCGGCCGAUGCACUGGCCAUGCCCCCGCCCCCCGCGCCCACAAGUGCGGCGUACCAGUUCCUGCAUCCCAGCAAGAAAUCGGAGCUCAAUAACAUAAAUGCACGGUUGCAGAACAUCGGACUGGAUGCGGAGGAUGAUCGAGGAUUUGAGCCACCAUCGGAUAUAUCCACCAUAUCCACGAAUACCGUGAGAAAUGCAGCAGGACGGCCAAACAGGGAGCUCCAUGGCAUGGUGCACUCCACUCCAAAAAGUGGAUCUGUGGAGCCUCUUCGCCACCGACCCUUAGAGGAUAACAUACUCCUGGAGAUUGAUCACUACCUGGACGACAACAAUGCACAUCGCUGGCAGAGGCAGGAUCAUCACCUGCAUCACCAUAGCGAUGACCAUCUGCGGAACGAGCGGGUGGUGCAAGAGGGUCAUCCGGCGGCCACAUCCUUGCCUAGCAUGCGACUGGCUUCCUCGUCCUCCGGCGCUGCUUCAGUGAAGGAAGUAGUGAGAGGCGCACGCAACAGCUUGAACGACAACAAGCUUAUCAGCCUGAGUGAACUCUGGGGCAAGAGUAGCAUGUCGAGAACUGUCCUGGACAACAAUUCUCCCAACCAACUCUUGUGCAGUCCUUCCCUGAAAGAGGAACAACUGAGGAGACAGCAUCUAGAGAAAACUGUUCACACCCUGCAAUCCCAACUGUUGGAGUACCAGCAGCGCAUAUCAGUGGCCAUCGAGGUAGAUCGUUCCAAGGAUGCAGCCCUCAGUGGAGCUGAGCAAACAGCCCAGAGCCUCAACUACGAGGUUCAGCAACUUCGUAAUGCUCUCCACCGGCUGGAGACGGACAGAAGCGAAUCUCACACCAAGAUUGAUGCCCUGCAGCACGAGUUGUCCCAGGCUGUCCACUUGGCCACCCAGUUUCAGGAAAAGAAUGAUAAAUUAGAGGUGGAGUACGAGGCCUGGAAGCUGCGCGAACUCAAGAGGAUGAAGCGGGAUCGCGAGGAGCGGGAUAACAACGAACGCGAAAAGCUGGACAUCGAUCGCAUGCGUAACAUGACCGAGGAGGAGCGACGACAGGAACUGCGCCAGAACCCCAAGCUGGUCACCAACAAGGCCACCAAGGGCAAGUACAAGUUCCUGCAGAAGUACUACCACCGCGGCGCCUUCUACUUGGACGAGGAGAACGAUGUGCUGAAGCGCGACUUUGCCCUGGCCACGCUAGAGGAUCACUUCGACAAGACCAUCCUGCCUAAGGUGAUGCAGGUGAAGAACUUCGGCCGUUGCGGGCGCACCAAAUACACGCAUUUAGUAGACCAGGACACCACCAAGUUUGACUCGCCCUGGUACGCCGAAUCCUCCAGCAACAUCAAGUUCCACAACGAACGCGGCGGCGGCAUGAGGCAGCAGUUCGACAAGCCCACGGGCUCGAAGCGAAAAAAGAUGGAGUAGUUUUACGUAGACCCACAAUUUUAAGCAUAAUCGUAUGGAUAUAUUUGACGGGCCAUAUGAAGGCAACCAUUUGUACAACUCAAAUUGUAUGGCCACAAUUAAGUUAGCCCCAACAUGAAACAAAAAAUUAAAUAUGAAACAAAAACCUAAA